AUGCCCAAUCUAUCUAUCUAUCUAUCUAUCUAUCUAUCUAUCUAUCUAUCUAUCUAUCUCAUCUGUUCUAUCUAUCUAUCUAUCUAUCUAGCGGCAGUGUUAAAUAUCUCUUAUCAUAUAAGUAUCUAUAAACGUAUGAUUGUGUUUAUGAUAAUUAAAAUUUUAUCUUUCUUUCUCUCAAAUUAUAUUCUAUCUCUCUAUCUCUCUAUAUAUCUAUCUAUCUAUUGUUUCUUUCUCAGAUCAUUCCUGUGGAUCUAUCUAUCUAUCUAUCUAUCUAUCUAUCUAUCUAUCUAUCUAUCUAAUUCAGUUCGUUAUCUAAGUCUGUUCUUUCAUUCUUUCUUUCUAGCUAUCUAUCUAUUUUUUCUUUCUCAAUUCAUUCCUGUUUAUUUCAGUGAAUCUGUCUACCUAUCUAUGUAUCUAUCUAUCUUCAAAUAUCUAAUCUGUUCUAUCUAUCUAUCUAUCUAUCUAUCUAUCUAUCUAUCUAUCUAUCUAUCUAUCUCGUUAUAUAUAUAUCUAGCGGCAGUGUUUGCUAUCUUUCAUCAUAUAAGUAUCUGUAACCGUAUGAUUGUGUUUAUAAUUAAAUUCUCUCUCUCUCUCCUUAUCUCAAAUUGUAUUCGUUAUCUAUCUAUCUAUCUAUCUAUCUAUCUAUCUAUCUAUCUAUCUAUCUAUCUAUCUAUCUAUCUAUGUUGA